AUGACAUCCACAAGGACGAACAGUGGGCACUGGCAAUUGAUCUCACUUUUGCUCACAUUGGCUGGUUCUGUGGCAGUGCUCUUCAAGUUGAAUGGUGAUCCACGGAGACACUUUUUCUGCUCUGCCCUUCUCCUUGCUAUGUACCAUGGAUUAUUUCUUAUCAUACAUUGUCUUCAUCGUCGUGGCUACAUCAUUUGGAGACCUUUAGCGGCUUAUGAAGAGGUAUUUCGAAAUCAUGUUCAGGAUAUUGUUCAAAAUUAUCUUCAAGGUAACGCUCAAGGUAACGCUCAAGGUAACGAUCAGGCUAUCGCUCUCGUUAAUCUUCAGGGUAUCAUUCAGGAUAACGCUCAAGAUGAAGGUCAGGGUAUCGUUCAGGUCAAUGCUCAAGAUAAUGUCCAAGAUAACGUACAGGGUGACGCUCAAGGUAACGUUCAAGGUAACGAAGACGAACGCAGAACUGCUAGCGCUGAUAGCGCCGACAGCACCGUCAGCACUGGUCGCGAGCACAAGGGCCCUUUACGCAAAAGACGCCGCCUUAUAAAGGAUUCAGGGAACUCACAAAGUCAACAAGCUGCAGCCAGCUUAAUGAAUAGCAGCUUGUACGAACCUCGGAACGCAGAUGAAUCCAAUUCGGAAAACAGCAAGCAUGAAGACCAAGAAGACGGAGGGAAGCUUCAACUGUCCGAGACAGAUUCAAAUUUAUCGAGGAAGAAGGAUGGGCAGUCUGCAACCAAUAACGAGUCCGUAGAAUUGUGCACUUCGGAGGCGAGAAAUGUUGUCUCGAAGGAACAAGGAGAGAACUCAAAUGGUGGAAUGGAUGAAAAUUGA